AUGUUAUUUGAGCCAUCUGGGGAUCUCCGUUGUGAUUAUGGAGCCUACUGCCAUGCACUUGGUCUCACAGAACGGGAGGAAUUAUACCGCAGCAUCUUCACUAAUGAAGAGCGACGUAAAGAGAAGGAGGCAAAGUGUGCGGAGAUGCAAUUGACUUUGAAUACCGGUCUAGCGGCUGGUUCUGGAAUCACAGGUUUAACAUUAGAGCAAAUUGCCGCUGUUGCUGCUCCUUUCUCUCCUCCUAUUGCUGCUGCUCCUCCUCCUGCUCCUCCAGUUACAGCUCCAACAAAGCGUUCUGGGUCUACUACGAGUGGGCGAAACAGAAAGAAGGAAGUUGUUAUUGAUGAUUUCUCAAAGACAAAUCCCCAAGCAGCUCCUCCAACGAUCACUUUUAUUGUGAUGCGUAAUCUUAAGUUUUGUCUUAAUGAACGAGAUAUGAAACCUCUUGCACUUGCCAUACCACAUUGUCUUUCACUUGUAUCUGUUGAAUUUGUGGGUUGUGGUUUAUCUAUGGAAAGUUAUUUUCUUCUUGUAGAAUCCUUAUACAAAAGUCGUCGUGUGGCCUCUGUAACGAUUGAUUUCAACAGUAUUCACCACCCAGGGUUUUAUGAAGACCCUACAAUCCCAUUGACGACAUCGUCAAAAACACUUGGUGGUACAGGUGGUACAGUAGAAGGAAAAAUGGUAUUGGAUUUAUCCUUUGGAACCACAGUUGAUGAAAUGGUAACACCAUCACCUGAAGUAUCAGGAACUACAUCUGGAGAUGUACGAAAGUCUGUUUCUCAACUAAAAGAGAGUGAUAGUCGAACUACAGAUGAUAUUCUAUCAUUAAAGUUAAAACGAUCAGCUUUAAUGGAGGGUGUUAAAUUUGCACCAUCUGCAUAUAGAGGACUCAAUAGUGUACUCUCACCAAUUGAAUAUCAGGUUCGUGAUGAAAAAGAUCGUAAAGGAAAAGUUGACUCUAAGAAGCAAGCACAACAGCAACAACAACAAGAUCAAAUAUCACAAAUAGAUAAGGAAUUUCCUGUUUUGGUUCCACGCGGUUGGCCUGCUAUGCUAUUAACAGGUGUGAAACAUUUAAGUCUUCGGGGUAACGGCAUAACAGAUGAUGAUGUUAUUACAAUGGCAUCAUUGCUAGCUCGUCAUCCACGCAGUGAGUUGGUAAGUCUUAAUUUAUGGGGAAAUCAUAUUACCGACGCUGGUGCAAUAGCGUUAGCACAUAUGCUUAAAGAGAACCGCACUUUACAAGUACUAGAUCUAGGACACAAUCAAAUUGGAGAUAUAGGAGUACUUCAAUUGGUGGAUUGUUUUCGUAUGCAGGAUAUAGCAGUGGAAAAAUUAAUAGCAUAUCGUAAACGACAUCUUACACGUCGUGAUGCGACUUUGCGGGAACAACAACUAGCUUCUACAGCUCCACCAGCCUAUCCCAGUUAUCAAGAAUUAUAUAAUGCGUGGUAUCAAACCAAAUUUCCUGCCGUUGUAGAUGAGAAGAAAGAUUCUAAAAAAGGAUCACAAGCCAAAUCAAAGAAAACAGAAGCUGUUUUAAUACGUCCUACAACACCUUUUGAUCGGGAUUGUUUUCGAAUGGAGAACAGUUUUCGUGUGCCUGGUAAUACAGUGUUGCGUUGUGUAAACCUUGGGGAUAACCGAAAUGUCACAGUUGAUGGGGCUCGUGAGGCUCUUCGUAUUUUGUCUCUUCGUGAACCAAGUGAUGAUGCGGAGAUGUCAACAUUACAGAACAGUUCUACACAUCCACCAGAACUCUACUGUGCAUCUAUCACACUACGCGCAUUUAUUAUUCUUCACAGUGGUGAUCCUAAACUUCGAGAGGUGCAGAAAACAUUGAGUGAUGUUCUGUAUGAGAGACAGUUACAGUUACCACAGCCAGUCCAGGAGGAUGAAUUGGUGGUGGAAGAUGCCAAAAAGAAAUCUCCUCGUAAUAAGAAGUGA